CGUGUCCCUCUGCCGUCUCCUCCUGCGUCCUCUCUUCCUGUUGGUCCGGACCCGGAGUCUGACUCCCUUCGUGCUGCUAGUCCGGCGGUCACGCGCUUUCUGGCCACUGCUAUCACUGACCCUUUGUUUGAGUCCACUGCUGCAUCUGCUCAUGUUUAUGAGCUCGUUGACUUUGCUGCGGCUUGUCGCCUAGACUACGCCACUAGUCUUGUUGCUGAGUCUGCGUCUGCGUCUGUCUGUCCUCCGUCCGUCGGGGGUGAGUGUGCUCUUGGUACGGACAUCCUUGAGGACAGGCAAGAGGACUUUGAGUGCUUUGCCGCUGCUUCACCUCAUCUUGUGUCCAUGCUGCUUGCCCCUGAGGGAGACCCGGAUGCACUAGACAUCCCGACCCCGCGCUCUUACGCAGAGGCGAUAGAGGGUCCCUACUCCUCUCAGUGGCAGGCAGCCAUGGACGCCGAGAUGGCUUCCUGGAAGUCCACAGGCACCUACGUAGACGACGUUCCCCCACCUGGGGCGAACAUCGUCAGUGGCAUGUGGAUCUUCAGGGUGAAGCGGCCGUCGGGUUCUCCGCCUGUCUUCAAGGCGCGUUACGUUGCACGUGGCUUCAGUCAGCGACAGGGAGUUGACUUCUUCCAGACCUUCUCCCCUACCCCGAAGAUGACCACUCUUCGGGUACUGCUGCACGUUGCUGCUCACCGUGACUACGAGCUCCACUGGCUUGACUUCAGCACAGCCUUCCUACAGGGCAGCCUACACGAGGAGAUCUGGCUGCUCUGCCCACCUGGCUUCACUGGGUCGUUUCCAGCUGGUACCCAGUGGAGCCUCCGGCGGCCAGUCUACGGUCUUCGUCAGGCACCCCGUGAGUGGCACGACACACUCAGGACGACCCUUGCUUCGCUUGGUUUUGCUCCUUCCACUUCUGACCCUUCUCUGUUUAUACGCACUGACACUACUCUGCCGCCGUUCUACGUUCUUGUGUACGUAGACGACCUCGUCAUUGCUACUGCUGACACUGAGGCACUCGCCCACGUGAAGUCCGAGCUGCAGAAGAGACACACGUGCACAGACCUGGGUGAGCUGACAAGCUAUCUUGGCUUGCGGAUCACCCGGGACAGAGCACAGCGCACCAUUACCUUGACUCAGUCACACAUGGUGCAGCAGGUCCUUCAGCGCUUCGGCUUCACGUACUCCUCGCCACAGUCCACUCCUCUGCCUACCGGUCACUCGCUCUCAGCUCCACCUUCGGACGAGUCCGUAGAGCCGAGUGGCCCAUAUCCAGAGCUUGGGCCAAACACGAAGGGGCCUAAGGGCCGAUGGGCCAAGGGAGGGCCUGGGGCCUAG